CAUGAUUUCCCUUAGACCUCACUUUUGACAAAUUGUCGAGCCGCUAUCUCUCUCGUCAAGGUCCAGCUUAUUACGAGGCUCACAAGCGAGGCAUUAUUGUCGUUACUGACGCAUGCAUACUUCGAUCUUUUGAUUACCCUGCUCCGUCCAGAAGUAUCUCUUGGAGCCGUCGUCAAAGGAGGGUGAAAAUAGCCUAUAUCUUUGAUAACCUGCGCCGCCCCAAAAAUCCCAUCUCGCCCUGAUUCUAUCGACUUCGCCCCCACUGCUUAUUCUACGUCAGAGCCUUUGCGAGGAGUAAGGGACAUUCAGUAACCUUCUCAGACGUUACUUUUCAGCCCUAUCGUCGGCUCCUCAUGUUAUGCACUCAUGAUCUGUAUGUCUCAUUUUUUGGUUCCAGCGCUUGUACUGAUGGCCUGACUCUUUGAUGCCAGUGCGGCAGAGGACGCAUCGGCAAAUAUUAUAAAAGUACUCUGUCGCUCCCGACAGUUUUAGGAGGCCGCCACGUUGACUUUGCGACAAAUGUCGAUGCACCACGGAGCGAGACCCUGAAUGAUCGACGAAUAGCUUUUUGAUCAAAUGGGCGUCGUUGAUACCUCCUACGAAGAUCUGGAGGACCAAACUCGACCCAACGGGCCAGAUGGAUACGACGAUGAAGCUUCAUGGCUAUGCGCCGCGCGUCGUCUACAGGAGAGCAACAACAAUGCGCUUGUCCGUACGCCAGUCGAUUCGAUGCGCCGCGACCUAUUCUCCGCGUACCCCCCAGUAGCUGGCCGACCUUCGAUGGAGAGUAUUGACGAAUAUGUCUAUACCUUCACCAAGGAAGAGCUUUGCCUUCACAUCACGCCAGGCAUGGAACAUCCCGCCCUGUCAGUGAUGGUGCCCAUGGCAAUGCAAGACCCAGCCUUGUUCAAGUGUCUCGUCACCGCCGCGCAGAGCCUGUUUGAAUGGCGCCGAAGUCCCAAUCCUAAUCAACCCGAACGAUCAAGAGCGUUGAUCCUGGCCCAAAAUGACGCCAUCAAGGCCCUACGAACGCGCCUGGCAAAGCCGGAUGCACAGUACGAUGAUGGGCUUAUCAUAUCCGUCGUGCAUCUCAUGACAGCGGACUCUUCGGCCAGAGACAUACAAGCACUGAAGAUGCACCUCAAAGGCGCGAGACAAAUAAUCGCACUCCGAGGUGGCUUGACCGAAUCGACGGUGCAUCUAGCUCUCAGAGGCACAAUGGCCACGACCGAGUUUUACAUUGCGUUGGGUCAAUACUUGCAUCUCAGCCCGGAUGAUCUGAGUGCCGUACCCAUGCGACCCAUCAAUUACGUCGGCCAUCCAUUCCCACCUGACGUUUGCGACUACAUUGCCAAAAUGCCUCCUGGUAUCGCUGAGGCUGCUCUCACCGGCCAGCUGAGCGUCCGGUGUAUGAGGAUCCUGUCUGAGUUGACCCAAUGGGCACCACUGGCAGAUCGCAGCGACGUGAUCCUGCCCGGGGAAGAGGCCACCGCCAAAUACAGCCGGUUAUACUGCAAGCCACGCGAGUUUGCUCGUGAUGCAAUGGCAUUGUGUCUCGACCUCAAGCGGGCCAAGAUCCCGCCGGGUUUGGAACAUGUCACGAUGCUGGGUCUGGCCGCCAUCAUUCGCCAUCUCAGCGGACACCAGCGGACCGACUUCUUCGACCAUCUCUUGCUGACAGCGCUCUUUGUCAAUGUGAAGGCGAUCGAUACACCCAGCGUCGCCGAGUCGGAGGUGAUUGUGUGGGUCGUGCUGGUGAUCAAAUGGAGGACACAAUCCGGUGGAAUGUUGCAAAAGGCAGACGAACUACUCGAGUACGCCCUAAAGUCGUUCCCCGCCACGCGGACGUGGAAAGGCAUGGCCAAGAUCUGUCGCAAGUUCUGGUGGUUCGGACGGUUCGAAGCCGAAUGGAAAAUCACCUGGCAGCGUGGACUCGACAGCAGGAUGAUUCAACGACGAAACGAAGGACAGAAACUUCAAUCUACCAGAAGAGGACAAAUCGAUUAUCAGCAACAGCAGCAACGACAACACCCUUGAUCUUUAUCUCCUGAUUCGUUACUAAUACUGAAGGUCCCUUUCACGAAUCAGGGAAAUUCGACACUCGUACCGCGUCGAUUGAAGAAGAGACAGACCUCUUUCGAUGACACGGUUGGGCUUGGCUCUGAAUACUACGCCGUUGAAAUCUCUUCCAAGAGAACGGCAUUGGUACCUGGACAACCUACCCAUGCCGGACAUGUCGGACCCAAAUCGCUAGGGUGUCGAUCGACGGACCGUCCCCUGGCAUUCCUCUGCAGGAUAGGUGACGGCGGACUACCUCUUUACCUAGGAAUGCCCAAGACGUAUUUUCAGUUUCGGAAGUUACGAAAAUGGGCAUCCGGGCAACAACAUCCAUCCCGUUGCGCGAAGCGACCAAACGAUUUACGUUGUGCUCGAUUUCUCCAAGAACGUUGGAAUCGAACGUCACCUUCUGAUGCGAAUUAACUCCACCCAGAAGCACUCUAUUCGCGAUUCGACCGCCAGUGCUUUUGAGCCCGGGCAUAGAUUCCAGACUCUCGUCGCCCAUGUCCUUAAAGGCAGGCACUACACCACGCACCCCCACAUUAAUAUGGAUUCGACUUGCACCAUGAAGUAAAGAUUUAUUGAAGGAUAUUCGAGUUGGUAUCAUGGACGGAAACAGCCUUUGACUAUGCAGCCGAACAUUUGCCAGGAUUUUAAGGUCAGCAAGAAAGGGAAAGGACUUGGCACCGACUUUACGGAGUAGACACAGGCGUCUUGAAAUUUCUCCCAUGGUCCCAUGGGAGCCCCUUCUGGUCCACAUUCACGACACGACGAUCAAAAGUGACACGGAGAGAAGUGUACGGAGUCAAAAGAAGAGGAAGAAGAGCAAGCAUGAACGGAUAUUCUUUAUAACCUUCACCACGUCACUCAUGAGAAAUGAUUGAUUAAUUCGAAUGAUUCAAUCAAUCGAAGUUUCCCAACAGAUCAGAUGUCAUUUGUCAUAUAGGCUGAGUAACUUAUUUGAGACAUAAUUUGAACUUAAGACAAAGUGCUAUGUGUUGUGUAGGAUCUGAUGGGUAUGCCAUUAUUGCCUGUCUGCCUUGAUUUUGUUCUGGCAUUUACGGAUCAGACUAACUAUAUAGAUGGUAUUCGACAUGGUCACCUUUCG